CACGGGAGUCUGCAUCCAACCCCUCACAGCCGCCAUGAGCUGGCCCCAGGCACUGGGCCCCAAAGAGGAUGCUCUUGAGACCCUCCUCGAAGACCUCAUCAGUUUCUACCUGGACGAGGCAGGAGAGGGCCGGCUCGGGGUCUGCAGGCAAGCCGCUCUCACCAGCAGGGCCCAGCAGCUCCUGGACACAGGGCCCCCUCUUCAACUCUACCUGCCUGAGGAGGUGGCCCCUGACUCGGGGGCUCCCCGCUCCGCCCAGCAUAUCGACCACAAACUGGUGCGGGCACUGGAGUUCCUGGAAUUGGUCUCUAUCCACCUGCUCCUGUUUCCCUGGAGGAAGGAAAUCAGGUCCCUGAAGACGUACACGGGGAGCUUUGCCUACUGGGUGCGGCCUGUUCUUUCAGAACACACCCUGCACACCUUCCUGGGCCGGCUGGGCUAUAUGGCCACCUCUGAGGUUGAGUUUUCCCUGGUCCAGGCUAUCAGCGAGGAGGACACCAAACAGAUGGUGUUUGAGAUCUUUCUGACAAGAGUCGCGUGUGAGGCCGUUCUCAGGACCCGGGGCAGGCAGCUCCUCGGGCCGGGCAGAGAGAGAGUGGCGGGGUCCCACCAUAGGCCUGGCUCAGAGACAGGACUGCAGGAGGCCCUGUGGGAGGCCCAGCCCGGGCCGGAUCCCUCAGCAGGAGUGAGAGCCGAGAGCGCCCUGGCUGAACGCCCUGAUGCUCACUGCUCUCUGCCUGUGGCCUUGAACUUGCCUGAGGUCUCGACAGCCCCCCUCGGACUCCUGACUGGCCCCCUGGUCCCCUUGGGCUCCCUGCGCCGUGCCAGCACAUGCUCUGACAGUGAGGAGUUCCUGACCUGCUACAGUGACCUCACGCUGCACCGGACACCCUUGCUCCCCUGGGACCAGCCCUGGAGCAGCCUGGAAGAGAAGCAACUCCAGGGCCCAGGCCCUGGGCCCAGCCCUGCUCCAGCGGAGAUGGCCGCCUCUGGUAGCAGUGGUGAGCAGCCCCAGGUCCCUGACAGGGCUUCUGAGUGUAAAGGAGCCACAGUCCCCAGCCAGCUCCGCCAGAGGCCCGGGUCCUGUCUGUCAGAGAACUCCUUGGCCCCAAAGCCAGAUGCUCUGCCAGAUCCAGCUGCCCUUGGCACGGACGCUGAGCCUCCAAGUGCUUCCUCGGAGAUGGAAGAGCUCUGUGAGCACUUCACCCACCUCCUCAGAACCUCAACUCCAGCAAGCUGUCUGGGGGACACCCCUUGCCCCAGAGUUGAGGAGGAGAGACAAUCAGAGCUUCUUGUGGGGCCAGAGCCAGCCAGCGAAGGCUGCAGCCCAGACGGUAAAGUUGCUCUGCUCUGGAGGUCUCCGCAGUCCUCCACUUCAUGUACAAGAGGCCCCAGUGCUCACUACGUCCCCCUUAAGGGGCUCGAGGAACCAGUUCCCACACGGGGAUCCUACACGAGCCACAGAUGAGCAUGUCACUCCAAGGGAACGGGGCGGACUCCCUAAGCCAACCACUCUUCUUCCAGGAAGAGGACACUUGAAGAAAUGAUGGGUCUGGAACCACAGUGGGGGGACACCAGCCAAAUCCCCAGCAUGUCAGCCACGGGGACCAGCCUGCUUAUCCCAGCUGGCCUCAGGACCCAGCCCUGCCACCUACAGACUGUGUGACUCUGGGCCACCCCCCACACCUCUCUGAACCAUGCUUCCUUGUCUGCAAAGUGGGGGUGAUGUCAGAUCCACCUUACAGGGAGCUGAGACAGGUUAGGAGGUGUGUGCACACCGCCAGCCGCACGAGUAGGGGCGCUUCCUGUGCCCUUCACAUCCCAGCUCAGCGUGUGACCUUGGGAGCACCAUCACCCUGCAUCUCUGACCGGCAGCCUCCCUUGGCAUCCUUCAGGCACCUGUCACAGGGCAGAUCACAUGACAGCUGUAUAGACAAGCAGAUGUGUAAUCCGCCCUCCAUCUGUUCAGGGUCGUCGGUCAGCCUCCCUCUUCUCUCAGCUAACUUCUGGUUGACAGAGAGCAAGGCCACAGUCGGGAGCCCAGGAUGAGCUCACAGGCCUGCUCUGCACCCAGGGUUGGGGGCUCCAUCACCCAGGCUGCGUGGAGUGGGGGUGCCCCUCCACCAGCCUUUCCUGCCCCCACAUAUGCACGCAUUCAUGCACACAAGCGGGUGCAACCAGGGACGUGUACACGCAUGCACGCGGGCAUUCCCCACGGUGGCCCAAGAGAGAGUGGUCUCCCUCUCCAGCUGAGAGCCUCUCUAUGGAGGGGCAGGUGGCACCCGCCCGGGACCUGCCCCUCAGCUUUGCUUCUGUCCAGUGGUGGUGAACAGGAAAGUUUAUAAUAAAGGGGGUGGUAAAGGCCCCUUCUGGGGCUCCCCAAGUGGCUCAGUGGUAAAGAAUCUGCCUGCCAACGCAGGAAAUUUGAGUUCGAUCC